CCACGCAUGCGCAGACGGACACGUAAACAAACCGAGGCCUUUCGCGCUGCUCCCUCGCUCGCCAUGGAUUAUGAGUGGAAAGAGAAAUUGAACAACGAGAGGGCCAAAGUCGAGGAUUUGUUUAGUUACGAGGGUUGCAAGGUCGGCAGGGGAACGUAUGGACACGUGUAUAAGGCGAAGAGGAAGGAUGGGUUGGACACUAAAGAAUAUGCCCUCAAACAGAUAGAAGGCACUGGAUUGUCUAUGUCAGCAUGCAGGGAAAUUGCAUUGCUGCGAGAGUUGAAACAUCCAAACGUGAUAAACCUCCAGAGAGUAUUCCUUUCACAUGCUGACAGAAAAGUGUGGCUGUUAUUUGAUUAUGCAGAACAUGAUUUGUGGCACAUCAUUAAGUUUCAUCGAGCGUCAAAAGCCAACAAGAAAACGGUUCAGGUCACAAAGGGAAUGGUCAAGUCUCUUCUAUAUCAAAUUCUUGAUGGAAUUCGAUAUCUUCACUCCAACUGGGUUCUGCACAGAGAUCUGAAACCUGCCAACAUCUUAGUCAUGGGUGAAGGAAUAGAACGGGGGCGAGUGAAAAUUGCCGAUAUGGGUUUUGCAAGGUUGUUUAACUCGCCACUCAAGCCUUUAGCUGACUUGGAUCCUGUAGUAGUAACCUUUUGGUAUCGAGCACCAGAGCUUUUGCUUGGGGCAAGACAUUAUACCAAAGCCAUUGAUAUUUGGGCUAUAGGAUGCAUCUUCGCAGAACUAUUAACUUCAGAACCUAUUUUCCAUUGUCGACAAGAAGAUAUAAAGACUAGUAAUCCAUACCAUCACGAUCAGUUAGACAGAAUUUUCAAUGUAAUGGGAUUCCCACAGGAAAAAGAUUGGGUAGAUAUUAAGAAAAUGCCUGAGCAUGCAACUUUAAUGAAAGAUUUCAAGAAAAACAACUAUGCAAACUGUUCUCUAGUUAAAUAUAUGGACAGACACAAGAUCAAACCAGACUGCAAGGCUUUUAUGUUGCUCCAGAAAUUAUUGACAAUGGAUCCAACUAAAAGAAUUACAUCUGAACUAGCAAUGCAAGAUCCCUAUUUCUUGGAAGAUCCAGUUCCUACACAUGAUGUUUUUGCAGGUGGACCCAUACCUUAUCCAAAAAGAGAUUUUCUGUCAGAUGAAGAACAGGACGAUAAGUCGGAUAACAAGAAGAAGGUGUUCAUGGAGCAGAGCUGGACAAACCAACAAAGAGCAGCAGCUGCCAAGAAGAAGAUAGUUUUGGAUCAGACAUGGACUAAUCAGCAAAUGGUGCAAGCAGCAUCAAAGGGUGGUGGUGGAGGUGAACCUGCGGCUAAGAGAGUCAGACUCGGCCAUCACCAAGGCAGUAUGGGCGGCCAGCAGAAUUUUUCUCACAUCCAGCGAAAUCAUCCCAGUCAGCAACACCCAGGCCACGUCCAACAGGGUGGGAUGAUGAGCUACAACAACACUCAACAGAAUGGAAAUUUCAGCCAUGGCCAGAGAUAUUAGAAAUAGUAAUAAUAAAAUACUGUUCAUAUUUAUUGUUAUGGCAUUACCUCCUGUACUACAUCCCAGGGUGAAGUUGAAGGUGAUUUUUUUUAAAAUUUCCCCAAGAAAAGAUGUGUUUUUACCGGUAACAUGGAUUAAUGAAAAAUAUAUAAUUAUUGUUUUAAUAAUUUUUUGAAUUGUCACAUUUUGUAUACGAGGCAGCUGCCACUGCUUUCUAUAAAAACCUCAAGAAGCUGUUCCUAAAACCUGGGUCUGAACUUGCAAGAUUUCGGUUUCCUUUUCUCCCAUUACACUUCAGAACAAAAAGGAGAAAAUGCAACACAAGCUAUGACUUUGGGACUGUUUCACAUAAGUAGUGCAGUGAACUUAGAAAGGUCUCUUCACUAAACAAACUGAACCAUUGACACGUGUGAAAGCAUAAGUGGAAAGGAAUGGCAUGUUAGGUCAUGGUCAUGUGACUAUCGAGUGAAUCCAGCCUAUAAUUAUUGAAGUGAAAUCAAAAUUUGUUUUGUUGAUCCACCCAUUUAAACACCUGUGUGAUUUCACUUGGGACUGAUUGGCACCAUUCCGAUCAUGCUUUAUAAUACUUUGUGGACCAGAUUAUAUAUAGAAUAAAUAUGUUUUUUCCCAUUAGUUACUACUAAAGCACUGACUUUGUAACUAGUGCUUUAUUUACAACUGAUGGAUGGUCAGUUGUUGUUCAGCACUUUAACAAUUGUGUAUUAAUUUAUUAUGCGAUUAAGUAUGUUUGAAUAUUUUAUUACCUGAAAAUAUGUAUACAUUGUACUUUUGCUUGCGGUUCUGAAUACAGGCAUUUAUACAUAAAAACAGGUUUGUGUAUAGUGUCUGUUGUCAAGACACUGUAUUUACUGUAUUUCUGACUACAUGGAACUGCAUGUUAAAGCUUUACUUAUUUUUUAUAUUCAUUUCAAUGAAAAUCCAGAUCAUUAACAAAAUACCAAUAGUUUAUCUUUCUUUUUUAUUUUAUUUUAUUUAUUUAUUUAUUUAUUUUGUGCUGAAGUUUUAUGUUUUUGAAGUAAAUAGAAAAUUGUUUUGUAUAUUUUCUUUAUGUACCAAUUUAAGUUUACUAAUAACUGCUUAUUGCAGUAUUUCACAAAAUAAUUAUUGUAUUUAAGAAGAUAUACAAGAUUUGUUGAAAAUAGUGACUGAAGUUGUAUUGUUUAACUAAAAUCUUAAUUUCCAUUUGAGAAUAGAAAAUUCAACUUGCACAAUAAUAAACUAAGUACAGAGGCAUUUGAUUUUUAAAAAUUAAAUUUUUAUCAGUUCUAUGGAAAAUAUAUUUUAUAUUUUAACAAAUAAACUUCAAAGGUCUAAGAACAAAUGCAAGAAUUGUGAAUUUUAGGAAAUUAAAAACGAAUCAGAAAA